GGGAGGAUGCGGCCGGUCCUCGCUGCACCCCGGGGAGAGCGGCCGGGGGGAGCGGGGGACGCCCGUGGCUGCGGGGGCUGCCGGCGGCUCCCCGGUGCUCCAGAGAAGCUCCAUCACUCGGGAGAUGCUCCAUCACUCUUGGGAUGCUUCAUCACUCACUCACUCACUCACUCACUCACUCACUCACUCACUCACUCACGGGGGGUUCCGUCCCUCAUGCGAUGCUUCGUCUCGUGCGAGGCAGCGCUCCGUUAAUCGUGAGGUUUCCGCCGCUGGUGAAACAAAGUUCCACCGCCCAUGAGAUGCUCCGUCGGUCGCGAGGGACUCACGUCUCUCAUCGGCUGCUUCAUCCCUGAGGAGACAGCCCAGCAGCGGUGACACUGCCGCACUCCCGGCUGGCAUCCCCACGAUCACCGUGGGGAAGGGACAAGGGGCUGCGUGGCCCUGGCGAGGCACAAAGCGCUUUGAGGUGGGGGCGUGGGCUCCUCCUGGGAUGCAGUUUGCGGAGCAGCUGGUGCCGACAGCUGGUGCUUCCCGGCCGCCCGCCGCGCCGGGGGCUGGCAGGGCCGGCUCAGCCACUGACGUAUGUUCAGGACAAUCUGAGCGAUGACAAAGUUUUUCAUCCGGCUGCCUGCAGUUCCCUCUGCACCGCCCCUGCGGCUGCGGGGAGGGGUAUGGGCCUCGUGGGUCCCCUGGGUGCCGUGGGAAGCGCUGCGCUGCCGGCUGUGCCGAGCCGAGUUGUACACACGGCUGGGACCGUCCGAGGGGCUCGGCCACGCUCGGCAUGGGGCUCCGGCUCCCACUGCGCCGGAGCACCAGCUUCACCCCCGACCACCCUGCCCUCAUGGAGGUGCCUGGCCCCCCUGCCCUGAAGGUGGAAGCAAACGUCCUUGUCAUGGGAGCGGACAACGUGGGGAAAUCAGCUCUGACCGUGCGUUUCCUGACCCGGCGCUUUAUUGGAGAGUACGGAGACAUGGAAUUCAUCUACAGCCACAACCUGACUGUGGAUGGCCGAGAGAUUCUGUUACACAUCUGGGACGUCCCCACUUCCCAGGAGCAGGCAGAGGAUGGCUCCUCAGAGGAGAAGCGAAUCCAGUGGGCAGACAGCUUUGUCCUGGUCUACAGCAUCUGUGACCGUGCCAGCUUCAACAUCCUGCCCCUCAAAAUCCAGUUCAUCAAGGCUGCCAAGGAGGGGCAGAGCCAGGAGAAGGUGCCCAUUGUCAUUGUGGGCAACAAACGGGACCUGCACCACCAACGGGUGGUGUCCAGCGAGGAGGGGCGACUCCUGGCCCUCUCUUUAGACUGCGGUUUCUAUGAGGUCUCUGCAGCUGAGGCUUAUCACGGGGCCCUCAUGGUCUUCCAUGGACUGGCCAAGCUCAUCCCAGACACCAAGCUGGCCCUGAAGAAGGGCACAGGGAUCCGGGGCAUCGUCAAGACCAUGUCGGCCGUGUUUGCCCGGAAGCGAACAGACUCCCUCUGAGCUCCUGCACAGGUGUUGCUGCUCUCUGUGCUGCCCAUGGAGGUGGUGUGUGUCUUCCUAUAAGUAUGACGGGUUCCUUGCUGUCCUCCUAGCAUCAGGGUCUGGGUGUCCUGCCAUGCACAGCCAGUGCAGCUGAGGCUGUAGUGGGUUACUCUUGGCUCUGCCGUGGGACAGUCUCAUCUCUUUGCUGUACCAGCUCUUUAGGUGCCUCCUGCUUUCUCCUUCCAUCCUCCAGCACUGGAAACCACGGGAGGAUUUUGCCAAAGCUCCGGGCAGCAGCAUCCCUAGCUGCUGCAGCAGGAGCUGCCCAGGCUGUCAGCAACUGGGGAGAAUAUCCUGCUCUUGUACAGCACACGACUCCCUGUCUCUCUGCUCCUACUCUGGGAUCCUUAUUCCUGUUUAACCCUCAUCAGGAUCCUCUUCAGUAACCCUGGAGCACCCAUGAUCUGGAGAGGUGGGGCAUUCUCCACUGGGAAGGCACUGGUAGUUCCCACGAGUGUAUCACCGUGAGAGUGUCCCAGAGCCCAGGGCACCGGCGAUACUGGGGGACUUUGGUGAGGACUGGUGCCUCCCAUCCCCCCUGCCGUGCUUUUGAACAGUCGUGCUCACGGCCCUCUCCCCCACAGCCUUUCACAGCCGUUUCCCUUGUGCGGGCGAGCGCUGUACAGGCUGUGCCUGGGAAAAGCCAGGCACGGGGCUCGUUCCCAGGAUGGGAAUUGCACCACCGCCUUCCCAAGCCACUCCUUCUGUAGGGCUGCCUGUCCCCGGGGAGGAAAGGAGGUGGGGAGAGGGGUCGCUGGGCUCCUCGCUGAACCCUCUGCUGCUGGGAGGCUUUUCCCUGCCUCUCCCAAACCCUUCUCUUUGUGCCCUGGGAAAGCAGUGUGUUGGAAGAGGGUUUGUGCGUGCUGUAGGGACACUGAUUUCUCUGCUGUGUUCUUCUGGAAAUGCAAUAAAUUGUCUUUGGCAGGAAGCCCCGGCUCCUUGGAGCUGUGAAUUUGUACUUGGGGCAUGGGAAGAGACACGUACCUUGCUGGGCAUGAGCACCCACUCUCCCACUGGCAGCUACCCACUGGGAAUGUAACAGGAUGUUUCCUGCACCCACUCCUUUGGCCCUGAGCUGGGGGUCUCACCCCACUGUGUUCCCUUGCUUUGGUGUCUCACUGCCACAAAGGAGCCGAGCAGAUGGGGUGAGUGGCAGGUGGUUUAUUAUUGCAGGUUUAUUAUUGCAGCAGAUACAACGAGGUGUUGUGGGAAGCCCGGUGAUCCUGUGGCAGAGGGGCUCCAGGAGCUCCACCUGUUCUUUUUCCUGACCCCACCAUCCAUCCCACCACCAGCUGGGAGAGAAGUGCCCAGGGCUUUCCCACUCAUGAAUCCUGCUGGUUGGUGGGGAUCUUCAACCCCUCCAUGGAGGAGCAAUCUGUGCCUAGGGAUGGGCCCUGCAAGGGGGGAUGGAGGGAGGAAGGAUGGGGAAACAGGCUUGCUAUGGUGAUGUUUGGCAGCUUUGCCAUCCUCCCCUCUCUCUCUCAAUGUGUAGCCCAUCUAAGUUCACCCUGGCUGCUGAGCAGGGUCCAAGGUAGCCCAGUGCCAGCCCUGGGUGGUCCCUUCUUCUGGUCUCACCUCUCUUUCCACAUCUCCUUCACCUUCCUAGUCCCACCUUCCC